AUGAGGUGUCUGGCGCUUCUGCUGCUGGUGGCUGUGGCCAGCGCCAAAGUGGUCGAGCGCUGUGAGUGGGCUCAGAUUCUGAGGGAGCAUGGGAUGGAUGGUUACUAUGGUUACAGCCUGGCCAACUGGUUUUAUCUGAGCUUCAACACUAAAGCCAUCAACUACAACACUGACGGCUCCGCCGACUAUGGCGUCUUUCUGAUCAACAGCCACUGGUGGUGCACUGAUGGCUCACCCACUUCAAAUGAUUGCGGCAUCUCAUGCGGUGGUCAGUGA